UUUUCCCUUCAAAAUUCAAAAGCCCUCUAUUUUUCUCUUCUUUAAAAUCUGAGAUUCAAUCUUCAAAUUCUGAGAUUCAAUCUUCAAAUAUGGUGUCUGCGGCCGAACAGAAUAACGGUUCAAAAUUAGUGGAAGCAAAGGAAGAUCAGGCGGCGGCGGCGCCGACCCCGCAAGUAGCCGUGGCAAUUUGUUUGUUGCGAGGCAAACGGAUUCUCAUGGGGCGUCGACUUGUGUCCAUUGGCAACUCUAAAUAUUCUCUCCCAAGUGGUCAUCUCGAAUUUGGAGAGAAUUUUGAAGAAUGUGCAGCACGAGAAUUAAAAGAAGAGACGGGUUUAGAUAUCGAGAAGAUUGAGUUUUUGAAAGUGACGAAUAAUUUAUUCUUGGACCAACCAAGACAAGCUCAUUAUGUGGUGGUGUUUGUGCGGGCAGUCCUGGCAGAUCCCACACAAACUCCACUUAAUCUUGAACCUGAGAAAUGUGAUGGUUGGGAUUGGUAUGAAUGGGACAAUCUUCCCCAGCCUCUGUUUGGUCCUAUCAAGAAAAUGGUCAUGGAUGGCUUUAAUCCUUUCCCACAAUAAGCUAAGCCACCUAGGGUUGGAUUUCGGUCUCGUCCGAUCCGGUCAGAUUGAUUAAAAUCACAAAUGUACCUUAAUAUGUAUUUAAUUUUCUUCUUCUUCAAAUGGCUAAUGUUGGAAUUAAAAUAUAUGUCUUAGUUCUACUAAAAUUUAUAAGAUUGCCUUACGAUGUAAUACUAAAAUAUUGCAUAUUUGAACGAAUGUGGUCACUUUUUAU